GUAAAAUUAUACGUCAACUCGUAAGCGCCAGUGUCGUCGCUGCCAAACCAACAAAACUGGCGCUUAUCGUACGUGGCGACCUCAAGAUGAGCAAGGGCAAAACGGCGGCACAAUGCGCCCACGCUGCAAUCAUGUGUUAUCAGAGCGCGGCAGAGGGAAGUGAGAUUCAAAAUGCUGUGCUGCAACGCUGGUGUCGCAUGGGGCAGCCAAAGAUCGUGUUGCGCGUGGACAGCUACGAGCAGUUGAACGGACUGCAAAUCAAGGCACAAGAGGCGAAUGUUGUCGCUGCAUUGGUCAGAGACGCCGGACGGACGCAGCUUGAAGCCGGCACAGCAACGGUUCUGGGCCUGGGACCUGCACCAGCAACUGAUCUGGACAAACUGGUUGCUCAUUUGAAACUUUUGUAAAUAGAGAAAGCAUUUUUAAUAAUAUACUAAACACAACAAA